ACUCACUACUAUGGGUCACACUAGUGGGCCCAUGUGCAGGCUGGGAAGCAGCCAUAAGGUGAAGAGAUGGCGGAAACCAGGGGAUCUCAACGGACCAGUCUCGGGCGUCGGACCUCAUUGGAUCCCGCCCCGAAGAGCGUCGCUGAAGAAGGGCGAUAAGCUGAACAUGCGGGUGGCCAGGAGGGCGCUCCUAGCCCCGGCCGACCAGGACUUUGCGUACCUCGACCAGUGCCUACCGAACGCUUCCGAACCCACCCGACGCCACCCGCUUCUCCAGAAUCCCAGAUGGUAUCCCUCGCCCCGCGUAGCACUACCUUCGAGCCUCGGGCCGCACCCGCGAAAACAGCGUGGCGAGCUUAGCUACCGAUCGGAUCGCGCAUCCCAAGACGGUGGCUGCGCACCCCAUCCGUGUACAUUCCGGGGUGUGGCUCUCAGCCAGGAGCCUAGAGGCGAAGGCGGACGGCGGGUGGGUACUCACCGAAGUAUACGGUCUUGUCACACUUGGGACACUUGGAGGCCAUGGUCGGUGCGCUCGGUCGGUCCGCGCCCUCCACCCGCGCUCGUCUCUGUGCCGCCGCCCGCGCCUGCCCCGCCCGCCCCCGGACGUCGAUUGGCUCCGAGACCUGGGCGGGGCCUCUGGAGCCCGCCCCCUAGACGCCAGCAGCUGGGCGCGCUGCAGGCGGGGCGCACCUGCCAGGGUCGGAAGGGUCCGGCCUAGCGCCCCCUACCCCGGAGUGAGGUGGCGUCCACAGGGAUCGCCCGAGGAUUCCAUGGCCACAUACUGAUCUCUAGCUGUAGAACGGACUUGGGAUCCCCAGCUUUAGGUCUCGAGGCCCGAGCCUGCUCGUGGUAGGAGGGGGCACGAGAAGCCCGCGGGACGCCCCCCCCCGCCCCUCGCGCCUCCGGGCGCCGCCUCCCUUUGUUGCCUCGUUUCUAUAGCAACGGUCUCGGCGCACAGAAGCACGAAGCAUCGGAUUCCGGGCGGGGCGCCGCGGUCCUGUCUGUGGUGCUGAAGGAGGGGCGGGCGAGGCUCACUUUAACUGCCAUUUCCAUGGUGACAACAGCCCAGAAACGUGCCACCCCCUCCAAGCCUGACUGA